UAACAGUUUGUGUGGGAUGUCGAAAUUUCAACCUGAUUUACUUAUCCAUAGAAAUCAACAUUAUUUCAUAAAAGAACAUUAUAAUAUAAUAUUUUAAUGGUUUCAAAGAUGUUCAUCUCCUUCAUCUUCCCCGCCCUCUCACAUUAAAUAUUCAGACACCAAAAUCUCAACUAAAAUGGCGGUUCACCAUUCAACACUCGCACCAAACUCCGCCGCACCCACCGCCGCCGGAAUCCAAAUGGACGGCGGCGAAUUCCACAGACUCGCCAAGGUAUGGACAAUCGCCAUUGCAUUGAUUUCUUACUCAUACUAUAUUGCUUCCAAAAUUCAUAAAGGACUCCCAAGGCUCAUCGCUCUCUUCCCCGUUAUCUUCAUCUUCCUCCUCCUUCCUCUCAAUCUCCAUUCCUUCCAUCUCUGCGGUCCGACUGCCUUCUUGCUCGCUUGGCUCGGCAAUUUCAAACUCCUCCUCUUUGCCUUCGAUCUCGGUCCUCUGUUCUCAUCGCCGCUCCCUAGCCUUCUCCACUUCGCUACCAUGCUCUGCCUUCCGAUCAAGAUCAACAAUCAGAAAUCCGAGAUCCGGAGAACUGGAAAUCAGAUCGUUCUUUCUUUCAAGGUUUUGCUCCUGGCGAUUGUCAUUCGGCUCUACGAUUAUCGAAAUCGGAUGGAUCCGGCGAUCGCUUCCGUUCUGUAUUGCCUCCAUUUAUACUUCGGCAUCGAAAUCGUCCUCGCUCUGUGUUCUCUUCCGGCAAAGGCCAUCUUCGGAGCUCCGAUCGAACCGCAGUUCGACGAACCCUAUCUCUCCACUUCGCUUCAGGACUUCUGGGGGCAUCGAUGGAAUCUCAUGGUUCCGAGUAUUCUACGCCCGGCCGUGUACAAUCCCACCCGUUUCAUAACCUCCCGUGUUUUUGGGCCUAGGUGGGCCCAGUUUCUCGCAAUGGUAGCUACGUUUGCUGUCUCCGGCUUUAUGCACGAGCUUAUCUUUUAUUACUUCACACGUGCCGCUCCCAUGUGGGAGGUCACGUGGUUCUUUGUCCUACAUGGCUUCUGCACGGCCGCGGAGGUGGCCGCCAAAGCUGCGGUGGCUAGCCGGAAGGUACGGUGGAAGGUCCACCGGAUGGUGUCUGGGCCUAUGACUUUGGUGUUUCUAAUGGCGACGGCACGGUGGCUGAUGUUCCCUCAGUUAAUUCGAAAUGGUGUUGUUGACCGGACGAUUGGUGAGUAUUAUACUAUGGCCCAUUUCGUGAAGGGAAAACUUAUUUAGUUAGUUGAACCUUGAAAGUAAGGAGUGAACUUGUGAUGAAAAAUUAGAGUGUCGUGAGAUGUAUAGUCUAAGGAGUUAAAAUGGAUGUUUUUUAGUCGUGACCAAACAUCCUCUUCAUGAUUAAAAAAAAUGUUUGAUGUUUUUUUUUUGUUUUUUUUUUUAAUGUGAUCCAUGUAAUUUAGACCUUAGUUACUUUUUCUCAAUAAACUAUAGUUUGAUCUUCUACUCA